UUUGCGAGGCAUCUCCUCAUUUCGUGUAUGCGACUUUAGCACUCGAUUUAACAACACUCAGAAUGCUAUAUAGAAAAUUAGGAUGAUUUUAUUAAUUGCUUAAUUGCCGUUUUACUUAGAGUAAAGGAAUUCAGAGUUUGUUUCUAAAUUAUAUUUUCAUAAUUUUUAACAAAAGGUUGAGGUAUCCGUUCCAAUGCAACAGAUGCUAGAAAAGACUGCCGAAAGAUUAUGCGUAGCUGUUACAUCAGAUUGGCCCAAAACUGCUAUGAAUAGCAUAGAGUUGUCGGUAACGACUGGAUUUGAUGGUGCCUCUGGCUAUGUUAACCCUCAGCAGAAAUUUUACGAUGAGGAGAAUGAUGACCGAAGUCCAUAUCAGUCGCUAUUUGUAUGCGGAGCUCUAAAACUUAAAAGUCUGUCCAAUCCGAAAUACCUCUGGAAUAAUCCUACAUCUCAAAGCUACCGUUUUUUUCGGCCCUUGAAAAUCGCACAUCAAAAAGAAGACAAUGAAAUGGCUCUCGAAGAAUACAAUCGUUUGGGCGAAGAAAUUAAACACCUUAAGCCUUUCAAAUUUACAAUGGGCAAAGGCGUUACAGUACAGGCAGUAUACUUGUCAGACCCAAUCCUUUCAAUGGUUUAUUUGGACAGAAGGCGAGAAAUGCAUAAGAAGAGACCACUUACUAAUGAUAUUACUCGAUUUUUGAAGCCAGGACAGUGGACUGACCCUGAAGACAGGAGUAAUGAGGAUUGAUGCAUACAAAGAGCGACUGAUAAGGAC